UCUCUAAAACUCGCAAACGUUCGUGUCACAGACGCCAAGUAUGCUUGGCGAAAAUCUCUAACCUUGGGUUCUUGCAGAAUAUACUUUUCCAUCUUCUUUGGGUAAUUAGCCACCAAGGGCCCACUCAGGAUCCAGAUAUUUUGGAGAAGCGGACUACACGAUAUGAAGAUUUGAAGCAUAGUGUUGAAAUCCGAGAGUUGACUCAUUUUUCCAUUGCUGAAGAAGGAAAAAAAUGGGGUCUGUUGCGAAGAAGGGACUCCAGAAGUAUGUUUCGCAGCUUCAGCAGCAUCCCUUGAGAACCAAGAUAAUCACAGCUGGAGUAUUGUCUGGGAUCAGCGAUGUGGUUUCCCAGAAGCUUACUGGCAUACAGAAACUUCAGUUCAAGCGACUUAUACUCAAAGUGCUUUUUGGAGCUGUUUACCUUGGACCAUUUGGCCAUUAUCUGCACCAAAUUCUGGAUAAAAUCUUCAAAGGGAAAAGAGACUCAAAAACUGUUGCGAAGAAGGUGGUGCUGGAACAAUUGACAGCCUCUCCUUGGAACCACUUUGUCUUCUUGGUUUAUUAUGGAUUGGUUAUUGAAAGAAGGCCUUGGGUCCAUGUGAAGGCUAAGGUUAAAAAGGAUUUUCCUUCGGUUCAGCUAACUGCAUGGAUGUUCUGGCCGAUUGUUGGUUGGUUAAAUCACCAGUACGUACCACUGCAGCUGCGGGUCGUUUUCCAUAGCCUGAUUGCGUUCUUUUGGGGAAUAUUUUUGAAUCUCCGAGCAAGAUCCUUGGCAUUGAUCAAAUCUUAGCUUGCAGUGUAUAAAAGAAUUUGUCUCCAAUGUUUGAAUAUCACCAUAUGGAUCUUAUAAUCAUCACCCUCUAGGUUAGUUUUUAGCAAGGCAAUACAAAUUCGAAGAAGAUUGUCACUAAGAUGAUUGGUUGUAUUGUAAUGAUAAUCAUGUAUAUGAUUAGGUUUCAUCUUAGCCAAAAUCCAUCGAACAAGAUGUGCACAAAAUGCUACUAGUAUAGUUAUACGUAAAUAAUAAGAGUCGAGAAUCAAAACGAUGUAAAUUAUGGUAGAGCGGAGAAGAAUGAAACAUUAAUUUGUUGCAAAAA